ACCUUGACGCGGUGGGCCAAAUGAAGUUCAUAAUCCACAGCUGGUGAUGGCGGAUAUUGAAAAAGAUAGCAUGAAGAAUUAUCACAUAGCUUCGGAGAAAAUUAACCCGGAGGCGAGCCGCUAUCCUUACUGUAUCGUGUGGACACCGAUCCCCGUGUUAUCAUGGCUGUUCCCGUUCAUUGGUCACAUGGGAAUCUGCACUUCCACUGGAGUCAUACGGGACUUCGCUGGGCCUUACUUUGUUUCAGAAGACAACAUGGCUUUUGGAAGACCAACAAAAUACUGGAUGCUUGACGUAAGCAAAGUUUACACCAGUGGCUCCAAUGCCUGGGACACAGCUGUGCAUGACGCUUCAGAGGAGUAUAAACACAGGAUGCACAACCUAUGCUGUGAUAACUGCCACUCACAUGUUGCCAUGGCUCUGAAUCUGAUGCGAUAUGAAAACAGUACCUCAUGGAACAUGGUCAACCUCUGCCUCCUCGCUCUCAUCCAUGGAAAGCAUGUCAGCUGUGCAGGCUUUCUGAAAACCUGGCUGCCUUUUCUGAUGCUCAUGGGCAUCAUCCUUACAGUGGCCCUGGCCCUCAACCUCCGAUGACCUGGGAGUAAGCCUAAGGACACGGUGGAAACCCCCUCAUGGGUCAGAUGUGGCUCUGACCUUUUGAACAACAAAGGAGAGGGAAACCAGUAACAAAGACUCCUCCCUUCCAAGAGAAGAUUGAUGGACAGCAAUGUCCAGGACACGCUUGAUUGCUGAUCACUGGUGUUACUGCCAUGUUGAUGCUGGAAAGCCCCAGUGAUGGAAAUCCAUUUAUCUUCACCUACAAUGACCAGGACUACACAAAAGCAUUUAUUGGAUUCAGAAUAUUAAAAGUCUGACUGCCGGUUUAAGCCAUUGCCGCCUGCAAACAGUUAACAGUUGACAAGAUGUAUCUACAUUGUUGGACUCCAUGAGGGGAAACACAUCCAUGCCUUACUUUCAGAUUUUACUCAGAUUGGGAUUGUAAUCCCAUGAUUCAGUGCUUCCAGGAUGCCAGUUUUAUAAUGGAGGAGCACCAACGUGUUAGUUCAGUUAGCUGCCUUUCUGAAGGAAUCUAUUACAUCUCAUGCUUGACCUAAUGUAGCUCUUCCACAGUACCGCAGCGUCUACCUAAAUACACAAAAGCGGUUUGUAUUUUUGUGUGUUUUCUUACUCUGUAGAAUAUCAAAGAGUUUGCAUCUUCAAAAGGGAAAUAUUUUCUCAGAUGUGUCGUACAUGCAUUACACAUAUCACCUCAUGGUACUGUUCUUAUCUAUCAGCGCAACAACUGUAGCAACCUCAAUGAAUGUGGCUGUGGUAGAUAGAGAAACCAAACGAAUAGUAAAGCUGUACAUGUGCCAAAUGUAGGAGAAUGUGAGACCAGCACAAACUGUGUCCUUCCAUAUCUAAGUCACCCUGUGGUGGAACAGCUCGUCUGUACUGAUGAAAAGCCCGCUGAUGCCAGAGGUAUGAAACCUUGCAGCAAUUUUGCGUUUUGCCCCCCUUGUUUUUUUUUUUGUUUGUUUUUUUUUUGCUGUGUUUGACUUUUACGAGAAAAAGCCAGAGUCAGUGCCUAAAAACGACCUCUCUCACAUCCUUGUGUUUGCAUUUUCAGUUUUAUGGUUAUUUUCGACUCUUUAAAAAAAAAAACACGUGAUGGUUGGCACUCAAAAUCCGUUGCCAUGGCUGUUGUGAGCAGCUUCAAAUCCCCUCAUUGUUUGCAAUCAAACAGGGAAGAAAAAAAAAAAAAAGUGUUGAGCCCUCUCUUUGUCCGCGGUGCUGCCAGAAGCAGCAGGUAGCCAGGAUCCUCAGGUUUUUUUCACGCUCACCGACCCCUGUUGAAAAUCCCCAGUUUCCACCUCAGCACCCGGCCAGCGUCGCUCGCUCCUGCUGCUUUCCACCUCUGCAGAUCAGAUUGGAAGGUCAUUGUGAAAUGUCGGCACUGUUUCACAAAGCUUUGAUGUAUACCGACCAACAUCCUGCAAUAAUCCAAAGUAGAUGUCAUUUAAGUGUGAGCUUAGAAGGGGGGGGGGGUUUCUGUGGUAACUCCAGGGCUAACACCGUUUUCUACACUCUGUUCUCCUUGCCGGGCUCCUGCUGGAAGCAGAUAUUCUGUGGCCUCGAGUUCUGUGCGUUUCACCCAUGUAGCCUGUAAAUAUUUAAAUACGUUAGACUGUACAUCAGGUGCUCUUUAUAUACUUUGCAAACUUGAUCACUCACGCUUCACAUUUGAAUCGCUGCUUGGCAGUGAAGCAGAUCUGUGCCUGGAUGAGUGUGGUUGAUUGCGUGUGUCUGUGUUAUGCACAUUGGAGAGAGCAUGCAGUUGCAUGCCAGCAUGUGUGUAUUGCAUGCAUGCAAGAGUGAAGCUGUUGGAGAGAGGUGUUCGUGGUCAGCAAAUAGCUGUGGCUUCUUGAGUAUUAAUCAGCUGCAUUACAUUGCAGCAAACUGCCUAGUAAUUGAUUUCUAUAUUAAUUACUCAAUAUCUUUCCCUUAAUCUCUUUAAAAUGUUAUGUACUCACUGGUAAAAUUUAGUGAGAAUAAAUAAUAUAUUAGAUUGUACCAGACCUGCCUCAGUUGACAUUGAUCUGAUGCAUGUUGGUGUGUUUUGUCAUUUUCUCAAAGCUAGGGGGAAAGAAAUGGGCAACCUGGAUUCCAAGUACAGUGGCAAUUCACUCUGUAUAAUAAAAUAUAAAAACACUUUAUUUUUGGGAGCACUUUAAAGUGUAGGAGCUCUUAUAUCUAUUGUAUUUUUGCUUUAAGAGAUACGCUACUGCACAAAAACUGGGUGCACUUACAAAUGUCCUUUUAAAAAAAAACAUUUUUGUGUGCACAUUUUUAGAUGUCCUUAUUUAGAUGGUGCAGUACAGAAAGUGGACAGGAAAGCAGGGAGACAAUGAGACAGACUGGAACCCAGGCCCCUACGGUAGCCUUCAGCACAUGGGUUCCCUGCUCAACCAGGUGAGCUAUAGCUAGAAUACCCACAAACAAAGCACAGUUUUUAAUCUAUUGUAACAUAAAGUGAUCAGAAAAGCAAAAGUAUUAAUUUAUAGAAUCAUCCAUUAAAAAUCAUCAGUGACUUAAGUGGAGUAUCAGUGUGAGCAUAGCACAGUGUUCCCUAAUGCUUGUAGAUCAUUAUAAAUGGAAGAUUUCAAAGGUGUGUACUGCUCCCUUUACAGAACAGCAAACUGCCUCUAAUUAGAAAGAGAAGCAGGAGACCCCAGUCUGCAAACUGAUGCCUCACAGGCACUGAACAGGCAGCAAUAUAUGAUAUGAUCCCUCUAACGGCCAGACUCCGCUAGUUUGUGAAAGGAGUAGUACACACCGAUGUGUGAAAGUUAGCCAAAUGUACUUCUUUUUUAACCAGCACAAAAUGCAAAUAUGAUCAAUAAGACAAUUAACACAGUAAAGUUGCACUGGCUAAUGAGUUGGGAGAGGGAGGUUCCUGAUGAUGAAUAAUUUCUUCAUAGAUUAAAAAAAAAAGAUGCUUUUUCUUUAAUAAAAACAUUAAUUUUGAGUGGUGGAGUAGGUCAGUCUCCUUUUAUUGUAAAUAUAUCUGUAUGCCCUAACAUGUUAAAUAAUAUAACUUAAAUCACUGAAGUUUUUUUUUUUUUUUUUAUUUUGUUUUUUUUUAAUUGGGUUCAAGUAAGCAGACUGCUUUCUGAGUGCUUUCCUAGAAGGAGCAUGUGUUUCCAAAAAAAAAAAAGAGAGAAAAUCUGGAAAUGUGCUCAUUACGCUUAAACUGCAGUGACAUUUAAGGUCCAGGCUUAGUGUACCUGUCUGUGGAAAAUCCCAGUAGAAACAAAGAGGAAAGUGAAAAUCCCUUUGGUUCUCUGUAAGUGCACUAAAUGUCAGAAAAUGUCCAACAAACUGUGUCUUUGAAUGUGAAACCUGUCCUUAAUGAAGCAGCUCAUUUAGUGGACUCUGAGCCAUAAAAGGUAGUGAGGGAAUGAAUGGCCUUUUUGAGACCAGCUGGUCAGGCUCACAACAUUGUCAUUAUUACUGCCUCUGACAUAAAUAUAUAGGUAUAUUUUUGGAAGAGAGAUUGCAAAGAUAAAUAGCACACUGGUCCCAUUAAUGGAGGGUCGUGUGCAGGAAUGCAACAUUCAGCAGAGAUGAUUUGAAUGGUUUAGAUGUUUCCUGCUGCGGUGCCUUGUCGUAUCCAGGAGCCGGGCCCAGGAAUGUGGAGACCUGUGGUCCCAGCGAUUCAGUCUGCUGACAAAAGACAGUUGGGAUGCUAUUAUUAGUGCCACUAUCCAUAUAUACUUACACCAGUCUGUGAUUUAAAAACCCUCUUUUGUUUCUCUAAUCCCCAGCAUAUAUUGCAGACCAUAUAGCCCACAGGGAAUUUUAAGAAUCCUGCAAGUGAUCUCUGAUUGUAUUUAUUACUUAGAGCGAUAAUACAUAUAAAGAUGUCUGUUAUUGUAAA